CCUCGCCGCGGUCCGGGAACCAUGCCGUGCAAGUGGCAGGUCUGGACCCAGCCCGACGGCAGCCUCGUCUGGGUCCCCGCGACCGAGACGCCUCCCACCCCGCCCCCGCCGCCCGCGGCGGCCCCGGCGGCGGCGGGCCCGCCUGAUCCCGCUCCUCCUCAUCCGCCGCCGCCCGACGGCGUGCCAAUCGAAGAAUACCUAGGCGCGGACGGCGCCAAGGGGGGUCGCUUGCCCUUAAUGGCCGACCUAAUCCUCCAAGCGCUGGACACGUUGACUGAAGAUGGAACGGAUGCACUGACUGAGGGUGUCAAUACGGGUGGAUUGUUCUCCACUGGGUCGGGGAGGUUGGUGACCGUCAGCGAGAGGGCCAUAAGGAGAGCUAGUGCGUUGGUCGGUGAGGAGAUGGAGGAGGCUGCUAACGGUAACAGGAAGAGAAAGCAACCAUUUGGUGAUGAUGCUGGUCUACAGGGUGACCGGACAAACUUAGAUGUUCCAUUGGGAGGUGGUGCACAUAAAGAUAACUUGUUGCCAAUGUUCCAAACUGGAUCAGGCAAAAUAGUCCCGCUCUGCAAGGACUCAUUUCAGAAGGCAAGAGCUGUUUUAGAAGAAAAUGUUGAGAAUGCUGCUGGUGCCAGACAACCAAUGUUCCAUACUGGUACGGGUAGAUCGGUCCUAGUCAGCAAGAGCUCCAUUGAUAAGGCGAGAGCUGUUUUAGAGGGUCAAACAGUCGCAAAUGAAGGAGAUGCAGGAGACAUGGAACAGUUUCCAAUGUUUCAAACUGGUUCAGGUAGAGCUAUGUCAAUCAGUAUGGCAUCUGUACAGAAAGCUAAGGCUGUGCUAGAUGAAAAUAAUGUAAAUACAGGGAAUGUUGAGGGUCCUGGUUACCCCGACCAGUCUCUGAUAUUUCAAACUGGUUCCGGAAGACCAGUCUUGAUCAGCGAAAGAUCCAUUGAGAGAUCUAGGGCUGUGUUGAUGGAUGAAGGUGCUGAAAAUACUGGACAACGGGAUACUGGCUACCAGCUCCCAAUUUUUCAAACAGGAAUGGGAAGGCCUGUUGCUGUGAAACAUGGCUCUAUUAAAAAGGCAAAGGCAGUUUUGGAGGAUGGAGAUGUUAAAAGAAGUGGAAAUGGAGAUACGGAUAUUUGUGCUACAUCUUUCCAAUUUGAAACCCCGACGUCUGUUUUGAUGAGUAGCAGUUUAAUUAUGAACGAUAGAACUGUUACACCAAAGGAAAAUACUUCAGUGCAAGGAAAAUGUUAUGAGGGUGAUGGGCACUUGCCGUUGUUCCAGACUGGGUUAGGGAGGUCAGUUACAGUAAGUAAGAGCUCAAUUAAAAGGGCAAGUGUAAUUCUGGAGCCAAGGAACAUUGCAAAGGAAUUGGAAGAUGAAGCUCAUCUAAAUGAUGUUUGUGCCACCUCAAUAAUCAAAACUGGACUUGGAAGGUCCGUCUUAAGCGAAAACUCAAGGGAAAAUGCACAAGUUGUCUCAGAGGCUGUAAAAAGAGUAAAUAGUGACAUUGGGGAUGGCUUUGCUGAAGCCCCAAUGUUCCAGGCUGGAAUACAACAGUUUUCACCUGAGAAUGGAAGUUCAAAACAUAGGGCCACCCUCUUGGAGCAAGGCAAAUUGGCAACAAAAGGAUAUGAAGACUGUGGAAAUUCAUUGCCAAUGUUUCAAACUGGAUCCGGAAAAUCGGUCUUGGUCAGUGAAAGCUCAGUACGGAAGGCAAGGGCUGUUUUGGAGGAAGAAGGUGAUGUAAACCGAGAGAACUGCAAGUUGGUUAAAAUGGACAAAAAGUUUCCAGUCUUCGCUUCACCUUUCAAGACAAGCUGUGCAAGAACAGUAAAUGUAUCUUCAGCUGGUGUUUCUCGAGCUGCUACCUUAUUGGGCUUGGAGGAGGAUACCUUUUCAACUCAAUUUUUUGGACAUGUGGGUGAUAAGUUAGGUACAAAGAUAACUGUUAAGCUGGAAAAUCCAGAACGAAUGCUUGAUGUUGCAUCGGCACAUGCAAUUUCUGGUGGCUCUCAUAAGGGUUUUUGUCCAACAGAAAAACCCAUACUUAUAGAAAGACAUCAGCAGUUCGGAUUUUCUAAAACUGCCUCUGAUGCUGUUGAGCAUUCUAUCAGGUUCAGCACUGCUGGUGGCCGAUCAAUGGCUAUUUCUACUGAUGCACUACAACGUGCAAAAAGCCUUUUGAACGAUUCAGGUUCAGAGGUUUCACCAAAUGAUUCAGUAGGCUGCUCUCUGGCAUCAGCUAAAGAGAAGCAACCAGAUUCAACUAUUUCUCCAAAAGGAGAUGAAUCUAACUUAUUGCACGGGACUAAAGUAAUCGGAUAUGCUGUACCUGAUAUCCCUGUAACUAAAGGAAAUGCUAAUAAGUUUCAUAUGGGGAGGCAAUAUCACUCAAUCAACGAAAUUCCAAAGGUCCCGAAGCUUCCCAGAUAUUUAUCCGAAGGUGACAAUGCAAUUGGCACCAAAGACAAGACCCAGAGGCAUCAUAUGCCAGCUGGACCUUUGGUUGACAUCACUAACUACAUGGCUACUUGUUCUGGAAAAAAUACGGACCACUUUGCUAAUGGAAAGAGGGUAAUCGGAGGAAGAAACUCCAUAUCUCCAUUCAAACGGCCCCGUUCUUCCAGGUUCAUCACACCAAUAAAAACCAACAAAGUUUCCUCUGCUGGAGAAUCCAAAGUAGCGUCAACUCAGAUCAGCCCCUGUAGGACAAAGCUGUCUGCUCGUUAUCCUUUCCAACAUCAAAGGAAAAGCUGCAAAGAAUAUUUUGGUGGUCCUCCUCGCUUCCUACAGACUGAACAUGUAACUGAUGACGUGAAGCUCAUGGAUGCAAAAGGAGCUGAGAAGUUUAAAUUUCAGCAUAUGGGUACUGGAGCAGAAGAUUUUCAGAAGAUGCUGCUCACAUGUGGUGCUUCAUUAUCAUACGCAACUAAAGAAUGGGUCAGUAAUCACUAUAAAUGGAUUGUGUGGAAACUUGCUUCACUGGAGAGAUGCUACCCAACUAGAGCUGCUGGUAAAUUCUUGACGGUUGACAAUGUUUUUGAGGAGCUUAAGUACCGGUAUGAUAGGGAAGUGAACCAUGGCCACCGGUCAGCAAUAAAAAAGAUUUUAGAAGGGAAUGCCUCACCCUCUUUAAUGAUGGUCCUGUGCAUUUCAGCUAUUUACUCUUGUCCUGCCCAAAGUGACAAUAAGUUGGAGGUUGACAAGAUAGAUAAUAAUGAAGACAGCAAUGGCAAUAAAAGCUUGUCAGCCUCUAAUAGAAACAUGUCUGCAAAAAUUGAAUUAACUGAUGGAUGGUAUUCACUUGAGGCAUCAUUAGAUAUGGCACUUUCAGAACAACUAGAAAAAAGAAAGCUUUUCUUAGGACAGAAGCUUCGGAUAUGGGGAGCUUCUUUAUGUGGUUGGUCUGGGCCUGUGUCAUUUCAUGAGGCAUCUGGUAUUGUCAAAUUAAUGGUCCACAUAAAUGGCACCUAUCGUGCAAGAUGGAAUGAGACCUUGGGAUUCUGCAAGCAUGCUGGACUCCCACUGGCAUUCAAGUGCAUAAAAGCUUCCGGUGGUAGAGUUCCUAGGACACUAGUUGGAGUCACAAGGAUAUAUCCUGUUCUCUUCCGGGAAAGGUUGCCUGAUGGUUGUUCUAUUGUGAGAUCUGAAAGGAUGGAAAGAAAGGCGCUGCAACUGUACCACCAGAGAGUAUCUAAGAUUGCAGAAGAUAUUAUGUUUGAACAACAAGAAAACUGUGACAGUACAGAUGAUAAUGAGGAAGGGGCUAAAAUUUGCAAAAUGCUAGAGCGUACAGCUGAGCCUGAAGUUAUAAUGGCAGGCAUGACCUCAGAGCAGUUGAUGCACUUCUCAUCUUAUAAAGAAAAACAGAAGGAGGUUAUGCAAAAUGAAGUAGCUAAGAAGGUUCAAAAGGCCCUUGAAGUUGCUGACCUUAGUUCAAGAGAUGUUACACCAUUUUUGAAAGUGAGGGUGAUGGGGCUUGUCAGUAGACUUUCUGCUUCAACAUCCAGUAAAAAGGAAGGGCUAAUAACAAUUUGGAACCCUACUGAGAUGCAGAAAGCUGAUCUUGUGGAGGGACAAAUUUAUUCAGUUACAGGAUUGAGGCCUUCGAAUCAUUGUACUGAAAUCCUCUACUUGCAUGGUAGAGGAUCAUCUACAAAGUGGAAGCCCUUAGCAUCAGCUCAGACUACAGAUUUUGAACCAUUCUUCACCCCUCGUAAAGCAAUUGAACUGUCAAAGUUUGGUGAGGUGCCGCUUUCAAGUGAAUUUGACAUUGCAGGUGUUAUUUUAUAUGUUGGCAAUAUGUAUUUAUGUAACAACCAGAAAAGGCAGUGGCUCUUUAUAACAGAUGGAUCUAAAUUUAUCUCUGAACAAAAGUCCGAAGAGCAAGAUUGUCUUCUAGCAGUUAGUUUUUCUUCCCCAACCACUGGCGAAGACUCUGCAUUGUUUAGUAAUACCCUCUCUGGAAACACAGUUGGUUUUAGUAAUCUGGUCAAGCGACAGAAAGACCAGAUGAGGCAAAUAUGGGUAGCUGAGGCAACAGAGAGCUCUACCUACACUCUUUCUCAUGAGAUUCCUAGAAAAUCUCACCUAAAAGAAGCUGCAGCUUCUGCUGAAAGAUGGGCUUCAAGAUCUUGUCAUAAAAUUCAAGAGCUAAAAGAAAUGGUUUUAUGUAUAGUUGGUGACAGUGGUGGCUGAGUUAUAUUAAACGCUGCUGCCUGCUGAUUUUGGAAAUGAUGCAAGAAUUUGUUUGGGGGUUCUUAUAGCUAUGUCAAUAUUUCUCACUGGCGGUAGUCACUGCUGGUUGGAGGCAUGGCCAGUAUGAAAAGGACAGGGUUGGAGCAGUGUAACUACCAAAGUAGGCCAUAUUUCAGCUUAUGUGUUACUCGGGCUAUCAAAUGGCCACCCCUCAUCUUCCUACGCACACUCAGGCUGGCCCCCUCUAACAAUGGGCUCAAGCUCCGCCACUGCUGAUGGACAAGAUAAUGAACAACUACGAUACGGGAUGCAAGUGAGAAGGAGAGAUUUCUUCACAGAAGGGCUUACCAUCGGGGGCUGGACAUAUCAGAGAAGUAAUCAAACAGAGGAAAUUUCUCUACUCUCAUGGGAGCUUAAUGCAGCCCUCCCUGUUCAACACUCAAAACACUCAUGGGACCUUAGGCUGCCAAGUUUUUAUGCUGCCUAGUCUACAUGAGCAACAUUUUAAGCGAGUUGCCUAACCAGGCUGUCUUAUUAUUGUAAUGAUGUACUUACAGAUAACUAUUUAAUUUGAUAAAAGUUGUAUAGCUGCAUCAACUAU